AAAAACUUUAAAAAAAACUCUCCAUUAAAAAAUAUAAUUUAAUAAAAUAAAAAAAUAACAAAGUAACUAUUUUGAUUGCUAAUCUAAACCAUCAAAAUUCUUAAUUCAAAUAUAUCUGUAUCUCAAACCUUUUAAAAAAAAUGCAAAAAUAUCGGUUGGGAAUUAUAUAACGAUUGCGGUUCACUUACUUGCAUCAUCCGUCGAGGGCGUGGCUUAGCAUCUGAUGUAAUGUACAGCUGUGCAGCAGGACUCUUCAUUAUCGCAUCAUCAUCAUCACCAUCAUCAUUGUCAUCAUCAUCAUCAUCACCGGACCCAACUAGCCUAGUCCCCUCUACAAGAUGUCCACGCCAGCAACUGGACUAGCAUCAGGAGCGAAAGGAGCCAACGGAGUCAGGACGGAGACGGAUCACAUCAUAACCAUCAGCACUGCCAGCUUGACGGAGACCGGAAGCGAGGAGCCUGUAAAGGGACUGUCCACGCCGGCCCGCAAACCCCAGACCUCGAUUGGAAUACCAGUUCCCUCAGUAGUGGUCCCGAAUCCCCCCACCAGCAGCGACCAGUCCGAGCGAGGCAAAAAGAGAUCCUUUGGUCUAUGUCGCCUCUCCCAGCUAGUGAGCUAUCAGAACAACAUCGCUGAUGUGCAGCAUCGCCGGGGAAGACGCCUCCACGGUCUGCAGCUGCCCCUGCAUCCUCUCCAGCUGUUCGGCUGGCUGGUACUCCUGCUCUUCGGAGUGGCCAGCUACUGGGUGCUAAUCCCGGCAUUUCAUGCACCGCUGCAGGGUCCACUCUAUGGUCUGAUUACGGGCCUCUACCUGGUGCACAUCGUAUCCCACCUGACAGCCCUGCUGACGGAUCCCGCGGACAAGGAGCUGCGCCGGGUGCACCGCAACGACCGGAUUGUGCCGGAGUUCGAUCGCACCAAGCACGGCCACGUGAUCGAGAACGGCCGGUGCCACUUGUGCAACAUCCGGACCUCGUCCAGCCGCACCAAGCACUGCUCCGUGUGCAACAAGUGCGUGGGCAAGUUUGACCACCACUGCAAGUGGCUCAACCACUGCAUCGGCUCGCGCAACUAUGUGGCCUUCCUGAUGUGUGUAGUCAGUGCGGUGGUGGCCACCCUGGUCAUCGUGGCAGCCGUGGUGGCCCAAAUCGUCUUCUACUACGUCCAGCCGGAGUGGCUGAGCUUCUACUGGUGUCGGAUGGGCGCCCCCUCCGCGUCGUCGUCAUCGUCGAGCCACCAAAUGGACGGAGGCGACUUCAUAAAUCUCACACUAAGUCUGGGAAACGGCACAAUGAUGCUAAUGGAGCAGGAACCGGAAACGGUGGCGGGGGAGCCACCGAGCGGGGAAAUGGACGAGGAGAUGGCGAACAUAACCAUGUCCACUCUGCCCACCCUCCUGGAAAAUUUUACGGCCCUGAUAGAAGCUAGCACGGCUCAGCCGGGGAUUAGCAGCCUUAGCAAUCAGACAGUGACGCCCGUUGUGGACGGAAUCGGAGUCAAUGAGACGAUUUUCCUGCUCCUGCUCGGGGUCCUGGGGCUUCUGGCCGCCGUCAGCGCCGGCCUGCUGCUCCACUUGUGCUUCUUUCACAUCUACAUCUCCUUUUUGGGACUGACUACCUACGAGUACAUCAGAAACCACCGCCAAGCUCAGGAGGCCAAGGCCAAGCAGCUCCAGGAGGGAGCUGCCACUGUGGCCAAGAACGGGAGUGUCCACUUCUCUGCGUACCUGCCCGAGCCGCACAAUCCGUCCAGAUCGUUGCCCGGGGGCCAGCAGCUGUACUGCUGCUCCAGCGCCCCGCAUCCCAGCCAGCAGUCCCAGGAGGCGGUGGUGGGCCAAACCGAACAGUCCAUGCGGCUGCACUGCUGCUCCAGCUCGCGGGAGUUCCAUCAGAGUCGGCAGGCCAUCUACGUGUGCUCCAUGCUGGAGGAGGCAGGUCCCCAAGUACAGUUGGACCAGGACACCCUCAGCAGCUUCCACUGCUGCUCCAGCUUCGCGGCCAGCUCGCUGCAGCGACGGGUUAGUGUGGCCAAGGGAUCGCUGAUCUCGCCGGAACCGCGUCCCCAGCGGCCAGCGACCUAUGUCCAGUACACGGAGCAGUGUACGCUGUGUACCUUCCGGCUGAGAAGGGGACCGGGCGGAGCAGGAUCCUCGGGAGCUGUGAGCAGUGCCGGCGGGAGCAGCAGCACCCGCACCCUGACCAGCCAGACGGGUGGCGGAUCCUCCUCCACGGGCACGGCAGCUGGGAAUAUCUCAAAGCAUCAGCGCUGGAGGCGGAAAUGGAACUGUUGUGCCUCGGUGCCGGAUAGUCCCGAUGUCCCCAACGAUCUCCUGGCGGCGUUGACGUUUCGAGAACGGGAAGAGGCAGCUGCGGCCGGUAAGCUGAAUGCCCAGGAGCUGCCCAUCCAGUUUAUACGCACCCUGAAUGGCGGUCUGGAGCCGGAAACCCUGCCCUUGAAGAUAACCACCACACCGACGCCGCCGAGAAGCUCCAGACUCCGGCACAUGUUGCGUCUGCUGGGACGCUAUCGACGACCCCGCUGUCGUCACGGGUCGCAUCAUGGCAUUGCGGCGAAGGAGCACGGCGGUGUGGGCGUCGGCAUCAAACAGAACCAGAUACGUCCAUUGCAACUGCAGGCGGCAGGGCGUGGCUAUGUCACCAACUCGACGGCCACACCCACGCCGCCUGCCAGCUCCCCGAGCCGGAGCUCCCUGGAGAGCAGCGAGCUGAGCACGAGCACGAGUCCCUCGAGUGGGCGCAAGGAGCUGAUGCUGCUGCCCACAUCCGUGAUAAGAGACGACAGCGUGACCACCUACACGCUGACGCUGCCGCCCGCUCUACCUCCGCCGACGCGAAGGAAAAUGAACCAGACCAGUCAGGAGCUAGCGGAGCUGGCUGAGACCCUGGGAUUUGCCAGCAAUCUGCAGCAGCUCUCGCAGCAGAACCAGCAGUCGCAGACGAACAGCAGGACACUGCCAAGUUUGGGCAACGUCUACAGGCGGCAACGACGGAAGCACUUCCUGCGGACACGCUCGCCCACCCUGUCGCCCAUCCACGAGUCCGGCCUGUCGAAUCCAACCUCGCCGCAACCGCUGCGCCACCACCAACACCAGAUCCUAGCCAACUCUAACUCCAAUCCGGCCAAAGCCACAUCCUCGCCAUUGCUAAGCCGAGCCAGCGGCACCUCGUCAACGGCUCUGGUCCAGAACCUGUGCAGUCUCGCCGGCGAAACCCUGAGGAAGACCGCCUCGAACAGUUCCCUCCAGAGCCUCAGCUCCAACUCCAGCAGCACCUAGAUGGCCGUGGCGUGUGGACAGUUCCUCGUACGGUUUCGGUUUUAGUCCCUAGGUUAGUCUUAGUCUUAGCUGUAGUGCUAUCCACUCCCCCCGAUCCCCAAUUUCCACUCUGCAGGAGCUCCGGGAAUCAAUUAAUCCCCAAGUUGGCAUUGAAAGUCAUAACUGAAAUCAAUUACCAGGCCGAGUGGCCGAGUGGAUGGGAGCUGUCGGGGCCAGUUUGGGAAAUUGGCUUUAAUGCCAUGCGGUUUCAUAGCCAAACUCAAUUACCGCUUUUGAUUUGAGCUUCUUUGUUUAACGGAUUUAUUGGGAAACUGUGGCUGGACGAUGCUAUUAGAAGGGGAUUAGAAAGGGGUAUUAUGGUUAAAGUUUAAUGGAUAAUUCUCUUUCUAGAAUUUCUUUAUAAUGCAGUUCACUACUUGACUCAUGGAAUAGUUUUUGAAACUUUCAGAUCCCUCUGCUGGCAUCUCUUCAAAGAAAUUUCCAAGCUGGCUUUGUUCGGUGCUGGCAUCGUUAGCUCCUAACUGCGGCCCCUCCUAACUAAACACGUCUUUGGCAUCCAUUGAAUGGCUUUGCAGUCGGAUUGAUAAAAUAUGCAACAGCAUGUGGAGGGGAGGAGCAGGAGCAGGAGAUGCCGGAGAUGUGAAGCCAUCCCCUAGAGCAGAGUCCUUUUUUUGUCGAGUCCUCGCACUCCAUCCGCGCAUGUAUUGAUUUUCAUUUUGCAAAAUGUGUAAGCGAAGGCGUCACUGGAGGAUGAUUACGUAUUGUAUCUGCAGCUGUAGCUACGGCGUGUAUCUCGCAGGAUACAACUGCAGCAUGUUGCCAAAUUGUUACGCAAAUGUUUUCAUUCGAUUUAAAUUCAAAUGCAGGGACACAACCCCAUGCCGAUGGCAAUUGUCGUGGGUGGGGAACUUGAUUUCGAUGCCAGGGACUACAUAGCUAGCUAGGGGUAGGGGGUGUGCACAUUAAAUAUGCCGAAACUGAAUAAUUAAUGGGGCGCAAGUCAGGAAAACAAAAACGAGAACAGGUCCUUCGAAGGGGAGUGCGAGUGUGGGACUGGAAAUGGAAAUGCGUCAAAAGCUAAAAGUGAGAUUGAGUUCUCUGCCUCCUUCUGGCCCUUCCUGUUCAAAUGUCAGUCGGACAGCUAUCGAGGAUUGCCCCUGGCAAUCCUAGAGGCAGGAUACACAUAGAUGGAUAGACAGCCGUAACGACUACGCACAUGACACUCCCGGCUCCAGCCACAUCCACUGCUUGGCGGUUCAUGUUAUUGAAACUGACAGGCAAGCGGGCAAAUGGAAAGUCCAUUUUUAACUGGUUACUGGGUAGAAAGAAGGAGGCGGUGUCAGUCAGAUAGAUUGCCAGGAGGAGCAGGAUUCAGUGCCGGAAAUGUCCGUUGAGUGGUUUGGUGAGGUGCGGCCCAGUAGUUCGCCGAGUGUGAUUAGUUUUUCCUUCGUGGAUGAGCAGGUGGCUCUUCUGGAAUUCCAAAUCAAUUUCUGAUGACCCCAACCACCCAUCAAUCUAUCGUCU